AUGCAAAAAUCUAUUGCUGAAAAUUUCUUGUUUGUUGAGUCUUCUCAUAAAUUAUGGUCUGAAAUUCUUGAACGAUAUGGACGCUCUAAUGUGCCUCAGAUUUUUGAGCUCCAUAAAACUCUUAUUCUUUUACAACAAGAAAAUGCUUUAAUAGUUGAAUAUUAUAGUAGGAUGAAACGCAUUUGGGAUGAACUGAAUGCUUUGGAAGGCUUACCAGAUUGUUCUUGUGGUGCUCUUAAUUCUUUUACUUGUGGUAUUCUAAAAAAGAUUAUUGGAGCCGGUCAACAUAUGAAGUUGAUUCAGUUACUUACUGGUUUGAAUCCUGCUUAUGCUCAAGUAACCACAAAUAUUCUUAGUACAGAUCCUCUUCCUCCUGUUAACAAGGUUUACUAUACCUUACAACAAGUAGAAAAGCAAUCACAACUCAAUUCUUCUACAACUAAUUUCAUUUCAGCAAAAACUAGUGCAUAUAUGGCUUCAAAACCCUCUGCCAAACCUCUUCCAAAGCGAGAAUACAAGAAAUUUAAGGUUGAUAAAUCUGAAAAAUUUUGUGACCAUUGCAAAAUGAAAGGUCACACAAUAGAUCAGUGUUUCAAGCUAGUUGGUUACCCUGACUGGUAUUCAGUUCUCAAAGGCAAGAACAAAAUGGCUGCAAAUGUCUCUGUUCAUGAACCUGGCAUUCGUGGUCACACUCCUCUAGAUUUUGAUGUCUCUCAGCACCCAAGUACAUCUCAUCCCAAUAUUGAUCCUAAACUUUUGGCAUUAUGUCAAGAAGUGAUGAAAAUUGCUCACAAUACAACUACUGGAGGUUCUGGCUCCUUUUCUGAUUCAUCAGUGAACUUUGCGGGUAUAACAUCUGUUGUUUCUGUUAAUACUGUAGUUAAAUUUACAUUUUCUGAUGCUUGGAUUGUAGAUAUUGUUGCAGCAGAUCAUAUGGCAUGUGAUAUAAAUCUUUUUGCCUCUCUAUCUUUCCUUACUCAUCCAAUUAAGAUUGGACUACCUGAUGGCACUAUUACUUUAGUGCAUCAAGCUGGACAUGUUAUUCUUUCUUCUCAAAUUACCUUACAACAUGUCUUGUUUGUUCCUUCUUUCACACACAAUUUAUUGUCAGUAGGCAAACUUCUUGAUCAAAAUCAACUUAUAGCCAUUUUUAAAUCUACUUGCUGCUUGUUUCAGGACCUUUUAACUAAAGAGGUCAAAGCACUUGGGAUCAGACACUCAAGACUCUACAAGUUCGAUGUUUCUUACUCUAGUCCUUUGUUAUCAUCUUCUAUUGUACAUGAUUCUCAACUUUAUGCUAAUAAAUCUUCUGUCAAUGUAACACAUGUAAAGCCAACAUUGUGUAUUUGGCAUGCAAGACUAGGUCAUAUGUCUGUUUCUAAGAUGAAACAUGUAAUUGAUCUUCUUGAUAUUUCAUCAUCAGAUAAUAUGAAUUGUGAAGCUUGUAUAAUGGCAAAGCAUUAUAAAAUUCCAUUCUCUUUAUCUUCUUCACAUGCUACUCAUAUCUUUGACCUAGUUCACAUUGAUCUUUGGGGUCCAUAUAGGACACCUUGUUAUACAGGUGCUACCUAUUUUUUAACCAUUUUAGAUGAUUGUAGUAGAACUACUUGGACACACUUAUUGAAAACUAAAACACAAGUGCCUUCUAUUGUGUCUGCAUUUCUUGCUUAUGUGCAAAACCAUUUCAAUGUUUCUAUUAAAACAAUAAGAACAGAUAAUGGAACUGAAAUUGUUCAACAGACUUGUUCUUCUCUUUUUGCUCAACAUGGCAUUGUUCAUCAAAAAUCUAUUCCUGAUAACCCAAUACAAAAUGGGAGGGUGGAAAGAAAACACAAACAUCUUUUGGAAACUGCUAGGGCAAUUCAAUUUCAUGCAAACUUGCCAAAGAAUUUUUGA